CUAUACCCCACCCCCCAUGUGCUUCUUCCUGUCUCCACCACUUCCUGUUUCAAACUCAAUCAUUACAUUACACAUUUCUCAUUUCUCUCUUCUCAUCCUCAUUACACUCUUUUCCACUCUCAUUUCUUUCAAAACCCAAACCCCAAAUAUUCCAACCUCAAAUGUCUAACCACAAGGAAACAACAACUAUCACCACAACAACCGAUCUAGUAGAACCCACUUCUCAAAACGCUAUAACAGUAAAAAAACCGCCGUCAAAAGACCGUCACAGUAAAGUAGACGGACGAGGAAGACGCAUAAGAAUGCCUAUAAUUUGCGCCGCACGUGUUUUCCAGUUAACACGUGAGCUUGGUCAUAAAUCCGACGGUCAAACUAUUGAAUGGCUUCUCCGUCAAGCUGAACCGUCGAUCAUCGCCGCCACCGGUACCGGAACUACUCCUGCUUCUUUCUCUUCGCUUUCUGAGCAUAAACCUUUUCUUCAACCUUCUCCUUUUAUUCUUGGUAAACGUUUACGUGAUGAUGAUGGUGAUGCUGUUUCGGUUGCCGCACCUACUGCUCCGCCGGGGUUGUGGCGGCCGGAUUUUGCUCAGCUUUGGAGCUUUGCUGCGGCUGCUCAAACUCCGCCGGAAGGUUUUUCUGUUUCUCAGCAUAAUUCAUUGUUUCAUCAUCAACAGCAACAACAACAACAACAGCACCAGCAACAGCAACAACAGCACCACCACCAGCAGCAUCACCAGCAGCAACAAGGCUCUAUGGGUGAAGCUUCCGCGGCGAGGUUAGGGAAUUAUCUUCCUGGUCAUCUGAAUUUGUUGGCUUCAUUGUCUGGUGGGAAUGGAAAUUCUGGUCGUGGAGAUGAUGAAGAUCGUUGAAACGGGGAAUUCGGUGUUUUGUACUUUAUUCAUGUUUUUAGUAUAUAUAGAUAUGAAUUAUUGUGUGUGUGUUUUAAUUUUAUGGGUUUAUAAUUUUUGUUGUUGUGUGUGAAGUAGAAUAUUUGUUAGUCAAAUUAGGGUUAGGUUAUUGUUAUUUUUGAGUGAUGAAGUCCUUGAAUUGAGGAGUUCAAUUAGAGUUAGGGUUUUCCUAGGUGGGAAAACUGAUUAGGGUUUUAGAAGAUGGUGAAUUAUUUGUUUAGUGAUUGAAGGAAGGAAAGCAUAUGGAUGAUGAAUAACUAGUGAUUGAAGCUUGAUUGGUAUGCAAAUGCGAGCGUAAUGGAACAGAAUGGAAUGUGAAGAUCGAACCGGGAGUGAUGAGUUGAGUUGUUGCUUCUGUUUCUUUUUCCUGAAUUUCAUGCUUCUUUGCCUCCAAUUGAGCAUUAUUGAAGGGAUUGGGGUCCUUUUGAAGUGGCCAUGGUUAGGAAUUUGGCAUGGCUGUUGGUGAGCUUUUGCCUUACUUUGUUCUUCAUUUCACUCUUUUUGGUGCUCUUAGUUAUUGUUUGAGAGGACUAGUACCUAUAAGACAUGGACUACUGGUUCUACUUUGUAAGACCUGUUUUGAGAUUUUUGUUUAUCAGCAAUUCUUAUCCAUUUGUUAGAUUCAUCAGUGUGGCUCAGAAUAAUGUUUUCUCUUCUAUGUAACUUGAUUGUUGUGGGGUGUUACUGAAGUUAAUAAAAACCCAUUUGUUUCUUUAUUA